AUGUUUAAGGAGGCCGCUCUCGCGCGGGAGGUGCACAAGAUGUUGGAGGCAUUCAAGCGGCGCGAGCCGUGCAAGCUCUACUUCAACAGGCCGGUCAGCGCAACCGCCGGCGCUGACUUCAUGCGCGGCUACCUGACCGUGAUCAAGCAGCCAAUGGACCUGGGCACGCGCCCGGCGGACGAGAAGCACUACCAGUUCCUCGAGGACUUUGCGUGCGACUGCCGGCAGAUCUGGAAGAACGCCCUGGUGUUCAACGAGCCGCGCGGCAAGCCGGAGCCCAACAAGCCCGGCAGCCCGGCGUACAUCUUUGACCACGCCUCGAAGCUGGCGAGCGACUUUGAGGCGAAGCUGGCGGAGAUGCACCGCGAGCUGGAGAAGGAGGCGCCCCCGUGCCCGAGGUUGCUGCGCGCGAGGCUGCUCCUCGCCGACGUGCGCCGCUCCCCCUUCUCGGAGCACUACCGGCGCGAGAAGGACUGGCGGAAGUUGGGUGACGAGUACGUCGCCUUCCUGAGGGAGGAGAUGAAGAGGCCUUCCGAGCCGGAGGACCUCGACUCGAUCACCGACUGGCUGAGGAAGGUGCAGCGCCAGGCGGACGGCGAGGACGCGGGGCAGGCCGCCUGGCUCGCGUGGCUCGCCGAGCUGAAGCGGCGGGUGGUGCGGGUCUGCGAGAACGCGCUCGCGUACAACCAGGGCCGCCAGGCGGCGGGGAAGUGCGCCAAGCACCUUAAGGAGGCCUUCGAGCUGCGGUCGCGCGUGGCGCGGCAGCUCGCCAAAGAGAGCCCGCGCGCGCUGAAGCCGCUCGACGGGCGCGAGGCAGGGUCGUCGAAGCGGGUGCGGGUAGAGCUCGAUGAGCUCGACGCGGAGACGUUCGCGAGGGCGCGCGAGCUCGCCGAGGAGCGAGCGCGCAAGGCGGUGGAGAUGGACUUGCAGGAUGAAUUAGAAGAGUACCCACAGUGA